AUGAGCGAGCAGGUGGACGUAACGAGAUUAUUGCCGCUGGAAUCUCAGAGUACUACUGUUCAUUUGGAAGGAAGAGAAGGUGGUGGUGAUGGUUCCUACUACGAGUCACUUUUACUCAUAAUUUUCCGGUGGAUAAUGAUGGAUCUUCCCAAAACAAUGCUACGACUUUUAUCCAAAAACUUUGAAAUUAACUUGAAUGUAUCUUCAAUAUUGUUAAUUGUCGGCUUGCUAAUUCUUGCAGGACUACUUGUAGUACGAUACAAGUAUCUUACUGGUUACUCAAAGGAUAUUAAUACAAAAUCUCCAUUGAGCCAAGGUAGCACCAAUGCAACAAACCAGGGAGGCAUCAAACCAUCAAAGACAGCUCCUUCGAGCUUACUUGUAGAGAAGAAGAAGGAGACAAGUUUUGGUAAUUACUUGGACGAGUUCCUCCUGGCAAUCAAAGUGUUUGGGUACUUGGACAAGGCUGUUUUCCAUGAGUUGACUAAAAGCAUGACGACGCAAAAAUUAUUUAAAGAUGAGAUAAUGUGCCUUGAUGAAAAAGUAGGGUUCCUGAUUGUUGUAGAAGGCACGGCGCAAGUAUAUACCAAGGUGACAAAGAGGAGCGAUGAUGUUGGGUUAAUCGAGCAGGAUGAGAGUGAACAAGUGUAUGAAUUUGAUGACUAUGAAAAUAGCGACGAGAUGUUCAAGCUUGGAGAACAAACUUACCAACUUCUAAAUGAAGUAAAAAGUGGGGCACCAUUAAGUUCAUUAAUUUCUACUUUGGAUUUGUUCAAACCUGCAAAAAGAGAAGGAGGAAGCGUGAGUUUGAGAGGAAGAGCAGCAGCAACUGCAGCAGCGGCGGCAGCAGCGGCAACAGCAGCAGGAGGAGGAGGAGGAGAUCUCAUGAUGUCACCAACAGACUUGAAUACAAGCUCAAUAUCCUUGAAUCUAGAUUAUUUAGAUAGACCAGACUCAACUUUAGGGGAAGAAGAUCGUAUUGAGAUGGGUAGAGAAAUAGACAGCGAUACUUAUCCCGAUAUAAUAAUAAGACCAAAGAAGAAGAAACAUAGCGACUCGAUUACUGUGGCAAUUAUACCUCAUUCUGCAUUUGAGCGUGUGUAUAGAAAGUACCCUAAAGCCACUUCGCAUAUUGUAACCAUGGCUUUAACUAGAUUAUACAAAGUAACCAUGAACACUAUACACCAUUAUCUAGGAUUGACUGGGGAAAUUUUCAAGCUGGAAGUUGAGUUGAACAAGUGUAGUCAGUUGAGCUUGCCAAGGUAUUUGGUAGAUGGGUUGCUUGAAAGAUUAAACUAUGGCAAUGCUAGUACGAAAAAGCAACCUAAACAGUAUCGUGGAGGUCCAUUGGAAAGAUCAGCAUCAAGAUAUGUCUUGUUGAAUUCGAGGGUAAUGAGUAACAAUCCAGGAGACUUGCUUUCCUCAGUGCCCAUUCUGCGAGAUGACUCUAAACAUGGCUUGAGUAAACUGUCCUCUUCAACCUUGAAUGAUGACAGGCGAUUGAACUUUACCGACAAUAUAGAAGAAACAGAAGAUAAUUCUCUAAGGAUAGCAAUUAUUGAAAAUAUAUUCAAAAUCAUAGGGAUCAAUGAUUCAACUAAUGAAUUUCAAGAACCGGCACAAUUCCAAAGCUUGAACUCAUCAGCAAACAGCUCAGUAGUUGGCUUGAACAACUUUGGUAGCAUGUCUUCAAAGAGCCCUCUCCCUUUGAUUGGAGGUUACCAUGGUGUGUUUAAAUACAAUCCAAAUGAGCCUCUAAUGAAUACCAUCAACAUACUGAAAUUGAAGUCGCAUCAGUCGUCUCCUUCAAGCAGGAGUUCGUCUCAAAAGCCACAAUAUAGGAAAAGAAAUGCCAUCAACGAAAUGAAUAUCAAGGACGAAUUUGCCAAAGUUAUGGACCUCAAGUAUAUCGAGCCAGAUAAAACAUUGGUGCAACAAAACUCCAUCUUGUGUGGAUUAUAUUAUGUUAUUAAUGGCUCAUUAGAAGUACACUACAAGCAUCCAGAUACUUAUUCCAAGACCUCGUCAUCAAAGUAUGUAUACACUGUUAAUGCUGGUGGUAUUGCUGGGUAUUUGUCAUGCGUGGUUGGAUUUAGAUCGUUGGUGUCCAUAAAAACACCCAAGAACAGUGGAGCGUUAGUUGCAUACAUUGGCAAAAAUGAUUACAACAAACUACUUGACAAAUUUUAUUUCUUACAACUACCAGUUGCAAUUAAAUUAAAAAGUCUUUUGUCAAAGCAAAUCCUAACUAUAGAUUAUGCCUUGGAAUGGUGUCAUAUACCAGCAGGAAAUGUUCUUUGUUCGCAAGGCGACCUAGCAAACGGGUUUCACGUAGUAUUGAGUGGACGCUUCAGGGUUGUUCGUCGAAGCAAAAAGAAAAACUCAGACCAAAGUGAUAUGGAAGUAUUGGGCGAAUACGGUCAUGGAGGGUCUAUAGGAGAAGUGGAAGUGCUUACUGCAUCGCGAAGGUCGAAUUCGUUAAUAGCAGUAAGAGAUUCAGAAACAGCCAGAAUUCCAAGAACCUUAUUUGAAAUAAUGUCUUUCCAAAAUCCAUCAAUCAUGGUCAAAGUGUCAAGAUUAGUGGCAGCAAAGGUUUUAUCUACUGAAAAAUCCAUCAGUAAGUCAUCGCAUAAUUAUAUUACCUCUACCAGCAGCGAGGACUUUACGUCUGCCGAUUAUAAAACUAUCACAAUUCUUCCCACGGUUUCUGGCUUACCGGUGCGCGAGUUUGCUGACAAAUUGGUUCAUGCAUUGAUAACAAUUGGUCGAAAUGUGAUAGCAUUGGAUCAAGCACUGACAUUGACUCAUUUGGGUAGACAUGCAUUUGAUGAAAAUUUAGUUCGGUUAAAGUUGUCAGGCUAUUUUGCUUACUUGGAAGAGGAGUACGAGACCAUUAUUUACAUUUGUGACACACCUGUGCAAUCGAAUUGGACUUCCACUUGUAUAUCGCAAGGUGACUGCAUAUUGUUACUAGCCGAUGCCGACGACGAGACCACUGCAACAUCUAUUGGUGAAUAUGAGCAAUUAUUGAUCAAAUUAAAGACUACAGCAAGGACUGAUUUGUGCUUGAUCCAUCGAGAGAAAUAUGUCGUGUCUGGAUCCACCAGUCAAUGGUUGAAAAACAGAGUGUGGGUCCAAGGACACCAUCACAUUCAAAUGUACAUGGAAAGAAGCAAAGACUCAAUUGGACCUAAUAAAAAGUCCUUUAUUAAUGAGAUGGCUGCAAAAUUUGUUCAAAACAAAUCAAUAAUUUCCAAAUUUGAAGAAACCAGGAAAAAGGCAUUGAGCUGGAAGCGCCUGGAACAACUGAAAGACUUGACGUUAAAGUCUCACAAGAAUGAUUUUUUGAGAUUGGCCAGAAUUUUGUCGAAUGAGGCUGUUGGGUUGGUAUUGGGCGGUGGUGGCUCAAGAGGAAUUUCUCACGUUGGAGUGGUGACGGCAUUGGAGAGACAUGGAAUUCCUGUUGACUUGAUUGGGGGAACAUCAAUUGGUUCUUUUGUUGGAGGAUUAUAUGCAAAAGAUUACGAUAUGGUCUCAAUUUAUGGUAGGGCCAAGAAAUUCAGCAAAAGGGUAGCCUCUAUGUGGAGAAUGAUAUUUGACUUGACUUAUCCGGUGACCUCAUACAUAACCGGUUACGAGUUCAAUAGAGGUAUUUGGAAAGUAUUUGGAUUUUCCGAGAUUGAAGAUUUUUGGGUCAAAUUUUUUUGCAACUCCACUAAUAUCACCAAUUCCACAAUGGACAUACAUGAUUCAGGUUAUGCAUGGAGGUUUAUUAGAGCAUCAAUGUCGCUUGCAGGUUUGCUACCGCCAAUUGCUUUUAAGGGCUGUAUGCUUCUCGAUGGUGGCUAUUUAGAUAAUUUACCCGUAAUGGAAAUGAAGAGACGCGGCGCUAAACAUAUCAUUGCUGUUGACGUAGGCUCAGCAGAUGACAGGACUCCCAUGAAUUAUGGCGACACUCUAAGUGGGUUCUGGGUUCUCUUUAACAGAUGGAACCCCUUUUCCAAACACCCAAAUGUUCCCAAUAUGAUGGACAUUCAAAUGAGGUUGGCAUAUGUUGCCAGUGUUAAUGCUUUAGAAGAAGCAAAGCGAACACCUGGUGUCUACUAUUUACGACCUCCCAUUGAUAACUAUGCCACCUUAGAUUUUGGAAAGUUUGAUGAAAUUUAUCAAGUGGGGUUAGGUUAUGCUGAUAAGUUAUUCACAGAGUGGGAGAAAACAAAGGAAGCGCCAAGGAUUGCUGGAUACAUAAAGAGAGAUAGCACUAAUGACGCCGAGCAAAGAAGAGUUAUGUUUAGAAGAAACAGUAUAUAG